UGUCUCUUCCUGGUUGGUGUUGCCUAGUUGUCACAGAAGCAUGUUGGCCAUGAAAUACUCCAGACACACAUCUGAUCUCUACCUUCUGCCAGCACAGUGACAGUGGACUUAUGUGGCAUGGCACCGCCAAAGGACAGUGUGAGUGCCUGGAGCUGUAAGCAGGUGGCCCAGUGGCUGCAGGAAGAAGGUUUUGGAGAGUAUGUGGAGUUAUUGUGUGCCCAGCACCGCCUGGAUGGCCUCAGCCUGCUGGCUCUGACUGAGGCCGAUCUGCGCGGGCCUCCACUGGGCCUCACUGUGCUGGGAGACAUCAAGAGGCUUACCAUAGCCCUCCGCAGGCUUCAGAGACAGAACCAAGCUCAGCUGGAGGAGCUGGGUCUCCAGCCUUCAGACAGUCUCCCAGCUGGGCUCUUGUUGGGUACCGUAGGGGGUGAUUGGAGCUGUGACGGAGCUGACAGGAGGUAUAAUGGAGGUGAUCACUUGUGUAAUGGGACAGAGCUGCGGCUGAGGAACAGUGACAGAUCUGGAUGCGGCUUAGGAGCUGCAGUGUGUCAUACACACUCCAACGGGAGGUACAGGCAGCAGCACUUGGCUGGCAGACUGGACCCAGAGGUGUGGAAGACAGUCAUGAGCUCCAUAUACGUCUUUUUAGUAUUUGGAUUCACAUCUUUUGUCAUGGUCAUCGUACAUGAGCGUGUCCCGGACAUGAGGACGUACCCACCACUGCCUGACAUAUUCCUGGACAGUGUUCCCAGAAUCCCUUGGGCUUUUGCAAUGGCUGAAGCCUGUGGCCUCAUCCUGUGUUACAUGUUCUUGUUGAUCCUGCUCCUCCACAAACACAGGUCCAUUCUCUUCAGACGGCUGUGUUCUUUGAUGGGGACUGUGUUUUUGCUUCGUUGUUGCACCAUGUUUGUCACCUCGCUCUCUGUGCCUGGGCAGCACCUGAAGUGUGCCAGUAAGUCAUACGGUGAUACGUGGGGAAAGAUACAAAGGGCGCUACUGAUCUGGAGUGGGUUUGGGAUGACUCUGACCGGUGUCCAAACAUGUGGAGACUACAUGUUCAGUGGACACACUGUUGUCAUUACAAUGCUCAACUUCUUUGUGACUGAAUACACUCCACGAUCCUGGAAUCUCAUUCACACUAUCUCCUGGGUGUUAAACCUGUUCGGGAUCUUCUUUAUCCUGGCGGCUCAUGAGCACUACUCUAUCGACGUUUUCAUCGCCUUCUACAUCACCACUCGCCUCUUCCUCUACUACCACACCUUAGCCAACACUCGUGCCUACCAGCAUAGUCGGAGGGCGCGCAUUUGGUUCCCCAUGUUCUCCUUCUUUGAGUGCAAUGUGAAUGGACCUGUUCCCAACCAGUAUCACUGGCCCUUCAACAAACCUGCCUUCAUGAAAACUCUGAUUGGAUAGAGUACGCUUUCUAAGAUCUGCAGCUGCAAUGUGCAUGGACUGUAAUAUUAAAGCCUGAAUGAGAAACUUUUACCUGAGAUGCUGCUUCUUAUCUUUCAGAGGUUAUAAGUUCAUUACGUGGGAGGUUUUUUCCCUCAUUUGUACAAAUGGAGGAUUUUUAUUUUGAAAUAUAGUUAUUUGCUUUUUUGCUGAAGGUUAGAUGUAAAGAUUGUUCCCACUCUCAUCUAUGUCUGUUAAAUAUGAAACUGAAGGGUGAAGCCAAAGAGGAAGUGCCUUAAACUUGUGUUCUUUCUAAUGGCCACUAGAGGGCGACUCCACUGGUUGCAAAAAAAGUCCGAUUGUAUACAAGUCGACAGGAAAAUGAGCCUACUUCACUUGAUUUAUUACCUCUGUAAACAUUCUCCUGAUGAGUCUUUGGUCUCAAAGGUUAGUUUCAAGUACAGCAUGAUGUUUGUUUUGUAAGUUAUGGUCCCAUUCGGGUGAGGUUAUGAUACUUUGCUGCCACAGCAGUGUCCUUGAAUUCUCAGUCAGAUCCAGCCCUUGCUCCACCACAGCUCCACCCUCUUUACCAACAUGGUCACUUUUGGCUCCAAAAAAAAAAAAAGAUAGUGACAACCAAAAUGCCAAACUCUAUGAUAUGAAGCCACAGCGAGCAGAUAAUUACCAUAGCGUAUCGUAAAGACUGGUAACUGGGGGGAAACAGCUAGCAUGGCUCUUUUUGAAGGUAAAACAUUUACUGACAGUACCAGCAUCUCAAAAGCUCAGUGAUUAACUUUUGUUUAAGCAUGUAACCUCAGGUUUAUUUGUAUUUCAUUUGUACAAAAGGGGGAGUUUUUUUUUUCUUUGGACAAAGCCUGGCUAGCUGUUUCCCUCUGUUUGCUGUUUUUAUGCUAAGCUAAGCUAAUCAGCCGCUGGCGAUAAAAUCAUAUUUAGCACACAGACUUGAGAAUGUUUCCAUGUAAGAGUUAGAUGAGAGAGCGAAUAAGUGUAUUUCCCAUUUCUUUAUAUUUAAUUGCACAGCUCAAUGUAAAACAAAGAAAUGCGGUUCAUUAUAGGGAUGCAGGUGCGAAUCGUUUUCUCUGAGAUUUAUUUGCCUUUGAUUGUCACUUUGAUCGUUCAUGUUCCACAUUGGGGGUGUUUAAGGUUCACAGGUGGUUCGGGUCUACAGUAGGAAACUGAUGAGGCUGUAUGCAGGUUCAUACUGUAGUUUUGGGAGUCGUCAUGGGCACAGUUUAUAUAUUGUUUUGCUGCAAAGAGAUUUGACACCUGUUUGGUACCUACUACCAAAGUUUCUUUUGAUGUGCAACAGGAAAGACACUUCCUGUUCUCUACUGACAGAGUUCUGUUUCAGUCACCAUUUUUUUUUAAUUUACACUUUAUAAAUUGAACUCUACAGCUUUGUUGUGUUUUAUAAUCUCACCACUACAUUCACAGUUAAACCAAAUAUCUCAACAUUUAUUGUAAUGUUCAGUGUUGCCAAUCAGCCCUCACUAUAAUUAUUUCUUUGUCCUAAUUUGAUAGUGUUUUUUGUUUGUUUGUUUGUUUUUUUUAACAGAUUUUUAAUCAUGCAACAAGUAGAGAAGUGAAUGGAGGUGGAUUUUGUUAAAGCUUUAUUGUCCAGAAUUUUUCUCUGUUGCACAGUACAAAAACUGGCUGUUUGGAUAACAAUGCUUCAAAAGUAUAUUGUUUACUUCGUCAUAGUUGAUCCAAACUAUAUCUUUUAAAUAAUUGUUUACAAUUUAUGGCUUUAUUUGCAAUGCAAGUAAUCUCUCUCUGCCUUUUGGCUCAGCAAUAAACGUUUACAGGAAAACUGUUUUUUAUAUUCUGACUGACUGUUUCCUUGGCUGCUUUUGUUACUAAUAUGUUUCUUUUUGCAUUUGUUGAAUAAAGUCAGUUACAAAUAUUA